AUGGGCAAGAGAAGGAAAGCUACAGGCAAGUACAACUUGGUGGAUCGAAUCAGUUCAUUGCCGGAUGACAUUCUUGUUAGUAUCGUGUCUUUCUUGGAGAUAAAGGAAGCAGCAGCUACUAGUAUUCUUUCGAGACGAUGGCAGAAUGUGUGGAAGUACACCAUGACUCUUAACCUUGAACGUACUGACUUUUUUGCUGGUGAUGCUUUUCGACGCUUCAAGUCACUAAUGGAAAAGCCAAGGUAUCGGAGGAGCCAUAACUACGUGGAUUGGGUGGAUGGUGUGUUGAAACAUCAUAGAGGUCAAAACCUUGAACGAUUCAGGGCUUGCUUUUUUAUAGAUAAGAGAUUUAGGAGAUCCAUUGAUAAGUGGAUUAAGUUUGCAAUGGAAAAAAGAGUCGAGGUACUCCAGUUGCAGUUUCUUGCGAAAAGAUUUCGUGAUACCUAUGAAAACUAUACCUUUCCCAGCAAGCUACUAGGUCUUGAAGGAGGUUAUGCUAUCAAAUCCCUCAAAGUUAUUUUUUUCCAACAGGUUGGUGUGACAGGAGAAGUUCUUGAGCACUUCUUGUCCAACUGUCCAGCUCUUGAACGAUUAUCGGUGUAUGCUGCCAAGAGUUUGGUCAGUUUGAGAGUCGUCGGUCCAUCUAUUGCAUUGAAGUAUUUGGUGAUCAAAGAGUGUCCUGAGCUCAAAGGCAUUGAGAUUUGUGAAGCAAAUGUUGUUUCAUUUGCUUAUAAGGGUCGUAAGAUUGACCUGCUUCUUCGUAAUGUGCCAUUGCUUGUUGAGGUUGAUAUUGUUAAACGGGAGCGUCAUAAUGAUUUCAUGGGGCUUGCCUUGAACCCACUUUCUAUCUUAUAUAUAUAUAUAUGA